AUGUAAACGUAAAACAAAAGUAAUCAAUAAUACUAAUUCAUUAUUUCAAAGUUUUACUUGUUUACGUAUAAAUAGGACGUUGUAAGUCAAUACUAUUUAGUCAGGAUAUUUACUACCCAUAAAUCAACUAUUGUAUAUUUGUAAUCAAUUAGUUUAAUACUCGACACAUUUUUUUGCUAAAUGAAAUAUCUACUACAAUACCAAAUAUAAGCUUUUUAACUAUUAUUAAAACUACUUUUCCAACUGACCAGUAAAACAUGACUGACCACGACGAUGUCGUCGAUUUGACGAAAUCCUUUACAUUAGCUAAUCACUGUAACAUAGCUAACGAAGUGAUAGUAAUAGAUACUGAUGACUCUUUUGAAGCAAGCAAUGUACGCGCACAAAAAUCUAUCAAAACCAGAAAAUCUUCAAGAGUACGUAAAUCUACAGCCCCAACUUCGACACCCUCAACUAGCGAAAAGUGUGUAGCAAACAAGAAAAAAAAAUCAAAUCAAAUUGGUAGCUGUCCAAUUUGUUGGGAUGAACUCGGAAACAACCCGCUGGCUUCAACCAAAUGUGGGCAUGUUUUUUGCCUUGCAUGUCUUGAAAAAUCUUUACAAGUAGAAAAAAGGUGUCCAAACUGCAGGAUUAUACUUAAAGGAGCUUCUGCAUAUCAUCGCCUAUAUUUAAGUGUGUGAUAAGAUUUAACUAUUCCAUUUUUAAUUUAACUUAUCUUAAGAAUAUUAUAUUAUAUUUUAUUAUUUAUUCUCAAAGAUUGUCAUCAUAAUAUGAAUUAAUCAGUACAACACAGAACUGGCAUGCUUACAAUGUGUGGGCUUUCAAAAUUGUUGUAAAAACUGGUUAUUAUUUAAUACAUUAGCCAAGCCAAAAAUAUAAAAACACUAGCCUGGGGUGCAUUUACCUCCUUUAUUACAUCACUUUCUAAUGUGUACAAAGGAAUUACAUAGUUCCAUAUUUUUCUACUACACGGUGAGAGUUUUUAUAUUCCUGGUCACUCUAUACUGUUACUUAUACCCCACACUUAUAGGUGUACAUUUUAAGUCUCAUUAAAAUAAUUAGGAUGUAGACUUGGUAAAAGUGCCAGAAAUAGUAUUUUAUAAUGUAACAUUAAAAUUUUGAAUGUCAAGCAUAAGUGUACCUUGAUAAAUGUAAUUACAAUUUUAAUAAAUGAAGAAAAUACUGUA